CGCCUUCACGCAGGGGGACUCGCUCGAAACUCGCUGAACUUCAGGGACAGUCCUUGAAGCGUCGAAACUGUGAGGGUUGGCAGCCCUGCCCAAGGGCCCCCAUUCCAGGCAGCGCUCCUGGACGCCCCUCUCCUCACCGAGUACCCUGAGGACACGUGUCUGGACUCCGAGGGCCUCUGGGGACCCGGACAGAGCUGACGGUCCCUAGCCCUUUGCCAGGCCACCAUGCUCAUGAGGAAAGCGCCCAGCUUCGUCCCGGCCUCCCCGUGGGGGCUACGGCUGCCACAGAAGUUCCUUUUCCUUCUCUUCCUCUCGGGCCUCGUCACCCUGUGCUUCGGGGCCCUCUUCCUGCUGCCCCACUCCUUUCGCCUCAAGCGCCUCUUCCUGGCCCCCCGGACCCAACAGCCUGGCCUGGAGAUGGUGUCAGAAAUCGCCGGCCAUCCCCCAGUCCGCGAGCAGGAGCCUCCCCCCAACCCUGCUCCCGCAGCUCCGGCCCCGGGUAAGGUUGACCACAACAGCCAGGUCAAACCCCACCGAAGGAAAGGGUGGCUGCGGCACACCCGCCCCACCGGGUCCCGGGAGGAGGCCACGGCGGCCCUCAGGCCGGGGGACGACAACGUCCUGUUCAGUUUUGACUUUAACGCGUUCCGGAGCCGCCUCCGUCAUCCGGUCCUGGGGACAAGGGCCAAUGACAGUGAGGAGCCCCAGGGUCGCGUGCGAGCCCAGAGGGAGAAAAUCAAGGAGAUGAUGCAGUUUGCCUGGCAGAGCUAUAAGCGUUAUGCGAUGGGGGAAAACGAGCUCCGUCCACUAACGAGGGAUGGCUACGAGGGUAACAUGUUUGGAGGCCUCAGUGGGGCGACGGUCAUUGAUUCCCUCGACACCCUCUACCUCAUGGAGCUGAAGGAGGAGUUCCAAGAGGCCAAGGCCUGGGUUGAAAAGAGCUUCCACCUGAAUGUGAGUGGCGAAGCAUCCUUGUUUGAGGUGAACAUCCGCUACAUUGGAGGACUCCUCUCGGCCUUCUAUCUGACUGGAGAAGAGGUGUUCCGCAUAAAAGCCAUCAAGCUUGGAGAGAAACUCCUGCCAGCCUUCAAAACCCCCACAGGAAUCCCAAAGGGUGUUGUGAGCUUCAAAAGUGGGAGAUGGGGCUGGGCCACAGCAGGCAGCAGCAGCAUCCUGGCAGAGUUUGGAUCCCUGCACUUGGAAUUCUUACACCUCACCGAGCUCUCUGGCAACCCAGUCUUCGCUGAAAAGGUUAGGAACAUCCGCAAGGUCCUCAGGAAGAUUGAUAAGCCCUUCGGCCUCUACCCCAACUUCCUCAGCCCAGUGAGCGGGAACUGGGUGCAACACCACGUCUCAGUUGGAGGACUCGGGGAUAGUUUUUAUGAAUAUUUGAUCAAAUCCUGGUUGAUGUCGGCCAAGACAGAUAUGGAGGCUAAAAAUAUGUACUACGAAGCCUUGGAGGCAAUAGAGACCUACUUGCUGAAUGUCUCUCCCGGGGGGCUGACCUACAUUGCUGAGUGGCGAGGGGGGAUUCUGGACCACAAGAUGGGGCACCUGGCCUGUUUCUCCGGGGGCAUGAUCGCCCUUGGCGCUGAUGAUGCCAAGGAAGAAAAGAGGGCCCACUACCGCGAGCUCGCAGCCCAGAUCACCAAGACGUGCCACGAGUCAUACGCCCGCUCAGAUACGAAACUGGGUCCCGAGGCCUUCUGGUUUAACUCCGGCAGAGAGGCGGUGGCCACUCAACUGAGCGAGAGUUACUACAUUCUCCGGCCUGAGGUGGUAGAGAGCUACAUGUACCUGUGGCGGCAGACCCAUGACCCCAUCUACAGGAAGUGGGGCUGGGAAGUAGUGAUGGCCUUGGAGAAAUACUGUCGAACAGAAGCCGGCUUCUCUGGGAUCCAAGAUGUGUACAGUAGCUCCCCCAACCACGACAACAAGCAGCAGAGCUUCUUUCUAGCGGAGACGCUAAAGUAUCUCUAUCUUCUGUUCUCUGAAGAUGACGUGCUCUCCCUGGAAGACUGGGUGUUCAACACUGAGGCCCACCCACUCCCCGUGAACCACUCAGACAGCUCUGGCAGGACACAGGGCAGGCAGUGACCCCACCUCCCUGCCGCCACAGGGAUGCCUUGUCUUUUGGGGAUUUGGGACUAUCACACAGUUCAAAGGGAUUGGGAACAUAGGUCCCAUCUCGGGUAGACCCCGAGCGGAUGUGUCAGACAAGCAACUUUUCCUCUGUGAGGAGUCCAGACUUGGAGAUGCAGCGGUGUCAGAUAAGGGCCAUGGUCACAACAGGCCUAGACAUUCCUUCUACAGAGAAUUUUAUGAAGCCCACUCAACUUGCCAUUCUAGGGCCAAGGACCGGAGGUUUGCAUAUCUACCCACAUAUUUGAUUUGCUUCCUUUCAUUUGGGGGUUUUUGUUUGUGCUUGAUUUUGCCUUUUCUCUACAACUGAGUUUUGUCAUAAUUAUUUAGUUUUCAAAAUCAUGUGCUUUCUAAAACAGUGUUAUCCUGAUAAAUACCCACACCAAAUCUUGACCCCAUUAUCUAUAUUUUAAAUGCCUUUUGCCCCACAUUUACUCCAUGUCCAGCUAUGUGUCAUUUAUCUUUUAAUUGGAGGAGGGGGUCCCUUUUGAUUUGGGCCUAAGUGUUACAAAUCACUAGUGCUAUUUUCAUUAUUGUAAUGGAGAAAUCUGUGAACUAGAAUAAAAGAGUUUAUUGAAUAAGAAA